GCGCUCCUGAACGUGCGCGGGGACGCGCAAGUGUGUCUUCAACCUCCUGCGCCCAAACAGAGGUGAACUUCUGGAAAGACUCCAUAGGCAGAAUCUGAGGUUGCAGGUGCAGACUGGAAAGAGAAGGUCUCAUCAGCAUAAUAUCAUCAGUAUAAAGGAUCAGCGUGUUGUCUUCUGGAAAAAAGAAGUGAACAUAAUGUCUUCCCUUGCAAGAUGGCAGAAUAGAAGGCUCCACCGAUCUUACCCCAAUGUCCUCAUAAAUUUAUGAAGACAUAAAUUUAACAAGUAUGUACAGAGGAAAAACACCUCCAUAAGAACCACAAAGCAGGGAAAGCUUACUUGGAGGAGCAUGGAGCCUGGAAUGAAGCCAGAGGGCAGGGCCGAAAGGGAUCAUUUAAAUGCUGCAACUCAGAGAUUCACACAGAAGACAGGACAGAAUUCCGAAGAGUCGCCCAGAAGAGAACAAUGUCAUCACUACCAGUGCCAUACAAACUGCCUGUGUCCUUGUCUAUUGGUUCCUGCGUGAUAAUCACAGGGAGACCGAAACUCUCUUUUCUCAAUGACCCACAGCUGGAGGUGAAUUUCUACACUGGGACAAAUGAGGACUCAGAUAUUGCCUUCCAAUUCCGAGUGAACUUUGGCGAUUGUGUGAUCAUGAACACUCGUGAGAUUGGGAUGUGGCGGUGUGAGGAGAAAUGCUACAAUGUGCCCUUUGAGGAUGGCAAAUCAUUUGAGCUGCGCAUCUGUGCGCAUUACGAUGAAUACAAGGUAAUGGUAAAUGGCCAACAUAUUUACAACUUUCUUCAUCGAAUCCCACCACUGUUUGUGAAUAUGGUGGAAGUGUGGGGAGACAUCUCCCUGACCAGAGUGCUUGUCUACAAUUGAGGAAGAUAAUCACACUCCUCAUUGUUAAGAAAUCCCUCUUUCUACAUGACCAUGGAAUUCCCAGAGCCUGCUAACAAAAUAAUCCCUUCUCACCUCAUCCCCCACAUACUUGGUCAUUAAAACAGCACCAAACCUCU